CAUUUUCUUCUCCACUUUUUCUUGAGCAGUUGUAUUUAGUUCUCUCAGCCUCCACUCCAUCUAAGCUAGCAAAAUUGAUUAAACUCUUUAAAGUCUCAAUCUUUUUGCUGCUACUUCUCUAGAAUCACAUCAUUUCUGAUCUGGGUUGUGUUUAAAUUCCGAUUCAGAUGAUUGUUCUCACCAUUUUUUUGCAGUUGCUGCUUUCUUUUGAAAAUCAUUGAUAGAAACGAAAGCCCAUUUGUUUCCUAGGGAAUUUGGUUGUUUCUUGAUUGGAAAAAAUUACAUUCUGAUAAGUGGUUCUUUUUCAGCAAAGACGCAAGUAAUGGAUAUAUGUUAUGAGGAACCUUUAGUUGUUUGAAUUUUUCUUUCAGGCAACUUCAGACAGCUUCAAACAAUGAGAAGGGGCAGAGGAAAAGGGAAGAAGCAGACUGUUAUUGGUUCACAUGAAGAUCCUGCCAGUGCUGAAGAAAAAAUUCCUACCUAUAGAAGAAGAGGAAGGCCAACAAAACCACUGCAGGAUGAUAAUGAAGAAGAAGAAGAAGAAGAAGUUGCAGAAAUAAAAGAAGAUGGCAAGGAUGUGAAAGAUACUAUUUCUUCUAAAGAUGUGAAAAGUCAGGCUGCCAUUGAGAAUGGACAGAAAAGGAAGAGACCUGGACAUACCGAAGAAAAUUCAAAUUCAGUCAAAGAGGAAAAUGGUGUUGGAACAAAGUUGGAUAUUGAUAAUUCAACAGUGAGUAUUGGAUUUCGACAAAAUGGGAGCAGACGAAAAAACAAGCCCAGGAGGGCUGCUGAAGCUGUUGUUGAGUGCAAGUGAACUUCAUUUUUGUUGUUUUAAAGAAGGUUAAGACUCUGAAGAAAUGAAUGUGAAGACUUGGUGAUACAGAAGAGUAAUUUUGCAAGUAACAAUGAUGAUUACAGAAGCUUGUAAUGAAGGUGAGCUUGUGCAACGUAGUGGGUGGAAGGAACUACUAGAACUACAAUUGUAGAUGAAACUGCAAUUGAUACAGACAAUCUCAUCAUCAAAAGAACUACUAGAACUAGACUGAUUUGACAAUCUAUACUGGGUUUAAAUUUGAGAACCACCAAUGGCAUUUGAAGGUAUUUUACUAGGGUUAUCCUUCCAAGCUUGUUUGUGUCAGGUAGCUUGUCUUCUAAAAUGGUUAAUCACUUGCACUGGGGACCAUUAAUUGGCUUAUUGUGAAAGCGAUAGAAGCUACAUAAUGUUGUAAGGCCAUGGGACUGGUUUGCCAUGGCCAACCUGUAUAUGCUUUCCUAAGAGAUUUUUGUCCAAAUUUGCUUUGGUUGAUUUGACUUCUUUCAAACUCAAGAUUUUGUAAGUUGUACAGACGACUCUAACGCUAUUAAACUAAAACAUAAUGAUUUUAUUGAA